CUCAUAAUAUUACUAUUACUAAUAUUACUCUCUCUCUAUCCUCUCCAAUCUCUUCAUUGCUUUCCAGAGACUUCUAAAAUUCGACGGUACCCCCUCUUCUCGUUUUUUCUGUUAUUUCCUCUUUUUUUCGUCUACAGAAACCAUAAUUUUAAACCCUAGUUUCCUUCCAUUAACAAUUUCCUCGAAUCACCAUUUAAGCUCGAUGCUCAAAUUGAUCCGUCUGAAUGGGGGAUAAUCGUCUUUUAUACCUUUUGGACAUAAUUGAUUUUGUCAAGGCUUGAAGAAACUUUGUGGAGGGUUGAAUAAAAUGACGAGACGAAUUUACCGUACUAUCUAUGUCGGUAACCUUCCUGGUGAUAUUCGUGAGAGGGAAGUGGAGGAUAUCUUCUACAAGUAUGGACCAAUCGUUGACAUUGAUUUGAAGGUUCCACCAAGGCCGCCAGGUUAUGCAUUUGUUGAGUUUGAAGAUGAAAGAGAUGCUGAAGAUGCCGUGCAUGGUCGUAAUGGGUAUGACUUUGAUGGGCAUAGAUUGCGGGUCGAAUUCGCUCAUGGUGGCCGAGCAUACUCAUCAUCUGAUCGCCACAGCAGCUAUAGUGGCAGCAGUUAUAGAGGUGGUGCACCCAAACACACUGAUUACAGGGUUAUGGUCACCGGACUGCCAUCAUCUGCUUCAUGGCAAGACCUGAAGGAUCACAUGCGACGAGCUGGUGAAGUUUGUUUUUCAGAUGUAUUUAAGGAUCGUCGUUAUGGUGGCAUGUCUGGGGUUGUUGACUAUGCCAAUUAUGAAGAUAUGAAACGAGCUAUAAGGAAGCUGGAUGAUUCUGAAUUUCGCAAUGCUUUCUCUCGUGCUUUUAUUAGAGUCAAGGAAUAUUCGAGGAGUCCGAGUCCAGAUGAUAGGUCGAGAAGCAGAAGUUACAGCCGUGGCCGUAGUUACAGCCGAAGUCGCAGUUACAGCAUAUCUCCGCGAAGAAAUUCACGCCGUUCUUAUUCUAGAUCUCUUACAAGGUCUCCCUCAAGAUCUCUCUCUCGUUCUAGAUCUCCAUCAAGUUCCCGAUCACCAGUCCGUCGUGUGAUCCGUCGCAGUGUGAGCAGGAGCGCCAGUCAAUCACGCUCACCAGUUGCAAGAUCUGAUAGGAGUCGCUCUGUCAACUCCGAGGAGCGCUACUGAGUGAUGGAGAUUAUGGUCGCAACAACUUGGUCUUUUGGUCUGGACCAAUGUUAUGUCGGAGUUAUGUUGUAGCAAGUCUUGGGAGUUAGAUUUGUAUCAAGUUGAUUAUAGACUGAUUUGCAUUUUUAAGGCUGGGCCAUUCUCCUUGAUGUUGUUGGAUUUUAUUAAUUUGCUUGUCAAGGGACGGGUGACGGAAGUUCACUCCCGAGCCCAAAGUCACGAAUCUUUCAGCAAUGGGCUCUGUAAUUUGAUAUCUAGAUUGUUACUGUUGUAGGGUUCUAGUCUCGUAAUUAGAAAUUGAAUAGUUUGGAUUCAGCUUUAGCCGUCUAAUAAGGGCUUGAAAGUGGAUUGACUCACUACUCUAUUAUUCUUGUUUAUGGAUUGUGGCUAGUUUUAAUGCUCCUCUAGACCAAUGUACAAUCUAUCUUUUCAUA